AUGUAUGUGCAGAGGUCGGAGGUCAGUGGGAAUGACCUCACCCUCAUAGACCUGGAUGACCCCAUCAAUGGUGCUGAUGUUAUGAAGGAAGUCAGAUCCCAUAAAGAUCACAGGGUGGCUGAGAGACUGACCAAGUUGGACGAGGCUGUUCUAGAGACAGAUACCCCAACUCAGUCACAGGAGGUUGAAGGAGAGAGCUGCAGUGGUGACCUUCACUACCGUGACCCACAAGGAUGCAACCUCCCAGACCAGCCUCACCCUCAGCAGGGGAAAGAGAAGCUACCCAGACCUACACACCUUUGUGCAGGACAUGAAGGACGAAUGAGCAGACAUGAGUUUAGUGCCAAGUGCAUGGAUAUUGUAGCAUGGGUGAUGGAGUCUACAUCCACUGUGGUUGUUCCCGCCCUUGACCUCACCAUGCAGAUAGAGCUCUCUGAUUCGCCAAGCUCUUCUGGAUCAGGAAGUAAUGAGGCAGGAGAGGUGACCUCUCUUGGCCGCAGCGUCAGAUUCAGCUGUAGUGGAGGACCCAGCAAGUGCACCAGCGCCAGAACCGCCUGCAGCACACGCACUCCCACGCCUUUCCCCUCCUCUCACAGGUCAGCUGUGACAUAUACUGCUGCGCUGGAUAAAACCGACACUUGUGGGAAACUGUCGGAAAUCCUAUCUGUCCAUGUUUCCUCAGAGAAUAUUGAGGAGGCAUCCUCUGAUCUCUUUGGUGGAAUUAUUUCCGACCUGCAUGAGGUAUAUGAGGCCAAUAAGGCCUCCAAGCGUACGAAACCAGGUCGCAAAAUAUUCUGGGUGGAAGUGAGUUCAGGUUCCCAGAAGAUUUACACCAAAACCCUGGACAAACUAAGGAAGCUGUUCACCUCCAACCAUCUCACUGUGGGAAAAUAUAUUCCUUUGCAAAUCGAGCUCUCUGCAACUGGACUACUUGUAACUGAGGCCACUGUGGAGGUAUCUCCUGUAACUGAGGCCACUGUGGAGGAAUCUCCUGUACAGAAGACAGACAGUAAGACCCCUUCUAAGUCCUCAGCCCACCAGCUCACCCUCGACACCUGCACUAAAGGGGUAAUCAAACAGGUGAUCUCGGUGCUGAGGGUGGACACUUCAAAGGAAGACUGCUCCGCUUCCGUUGGGGAGAGCAAGACAAAUUCAUCCUUCGACUUCAACCAGAAGUUGGACUCGAUAAUUUCGAAAUUGGAGGACCUCACCAUUUUGAAGCUUUACAGUACUGAGUUCCGAGCUAAGGCCAAACACAUUGUGAGUGAGACCAUUCUCAGAGCUGCUAGCAAAGCCAACCAUUCUUUGCUACAGGGCAUGCCUAGCACCACCUUCUCACACCAUGUGGUUUCUACAGCCGAAGAUAUAGUAAAUAUUAUCAUGCAAGACCUUGAAAGUGUAUCCCAGUACACUGUGGACGACGCAGACUCCUUCCCACUAGGAGAGAAAAAGCUGGAGUCCCAGCUCAAACCCAGAGUUGUCUUUGACAACUUAUUGGAUGCUGCUCAAACCAUGUACCACAGAGUAAAGGAUAGACUGAACAUCUUUUUCUCUUUUCCACCAGUGUCAGUCACCACAGCCAAAGAUGUGCUGAACUCCACCCCUGUGGAGACACUCAGACGCAUUAAGUCCCCUGACACUGCUCUUGUUGAGGACAGGAGCCGCCAUCCGUCUGUGAGAAGUGAGAAGCCUUUGUCAAAAGUCUGUUUGGCUAAAAGGUCUAAAGCCCUUGUGUCUUCAAGUGGCUCUUCAACAGACCACCAUGUAAUUGACACAUGCAGUGAGGAUGUCACUCUGCCCACCAGGAGUAUGUCAGUUGUGAGCAACAACAGUUUGAAGAGAGCCUCUCCUCUCCACGGCAGUGGAUUGAGUGAAAGUUGCAAACCUCUUGUGGCUCUAAAAGACGUAACAGUGGCAGUCAGCCAAGAAGGGUUUAGCAAAACUGCAAAGAAGAUGCUCAGCUUGAUCCUAAAUGAGAUCAAGUGUAGAGUGGCCAACUCUGAGAGUUCAUCUGUUGGGCAGGAGUGUCUGAUAGCCACUAACAUGUUAGACUCUUUACUGGAGAGCCUUGACCAGUUGCCUGACAUGAGCGCUGCCGAUGAGAUCACAAGGACAGAAUCCCAUACCUCUAUCGCAAUGGACAAGACAGGUUCACGGUCAACACUUGUGAGCCAACAAGAAAUAAACAUAUCUGACACCAAUAUCAUAGUGAAAACUAUAAUGGACACAUUGAAGACGGACGACCCAGAGAUGACUUCAGCAGAAGAAAAUCUGGAUAGGCUCCUGUCAGUUGAAGCCCUUCAAGGUGCGUCUGACAACCUGAUCGCAAAGGUCCACGGUCUCAUUCUGGAGAUAACCAUAAGCCGCCAGCUUCAAUCCAUGGCUGGCCACAGAAGCCUCUCUCAACCAGCGCUGCCUAAGCCAGCCCUGAGGAAGCUGUCAAAGGACGAUGCCUCAGAGCUCAUUUACAACUUUGCCCAGACUUCUGUUAGGAGACUCCUGGGGCAGUGUAUGGGAAGGCCUAUGCCACCCUCGGCUGAAAUGGUUUUGGAUCAGGUCAUCAAGUUGAUGACAGACGUGGUGAUGGACAGCCUGACUUAUGGGUCCAAGUCUGCAAUGGAGGAUGACACCAGCAAUGCCGCAAGUGACAUCAUUCAUGGUGUUGUAGCUGACCUUAAUGCUACUGAGGAAUUCCCUGCCAGGAGCCUUAGCCCGGCUGAUGUAAAGGCUGACGGCAUGGCCCGCCUUCCCUCUGCCAGAGGGGAAGAGACUAAGAAGAACAAGUGGCAUUUCCUACCGAAAAUGCAUACGUUUCCAAAGAUCAUGAUUAAGCUGUUCAAGACAAAAGGGGAACCGAAGAGACACCCUGAACUGGAUUGGCUGCCUACCAAACGUCUCAGAGAGACUCAUAUUUCACAGGAUGCUGAGUGUGAGGUUCCAGAGGUUCCAUCCACUUCCCCUCCCAAGGAGGACCUGACAACCACACCGGCCCCUGCUCCCCAGGAGUCCCAGUCCCGUAAACGCCCACUCAUAGUCAGGGUGUUACACGCUCUCUCCAGAGCCAUCUCCAAACCAUCCAGAGGAGCUUCUGGGAAGAAGAAUUAGCUAAAUGCCUGAUUUCAUUAAUAUUAUAUUUUAAUCAGAGCCUUUAUUUAAUAAAACAUUACUGCAUUGA